GAGAGGGGAGUGGUGGGAGAAGCAGAGAGAGAGAGAGAGAGAGAGAGAGAGAGAGAGAGCGCAGGAAGGAACCAAAACCCGAUUUCCCAAUUCCCUCCCGAUUCGCUUCCAAUUCAAUUCUAUGCGAUACAAAACAAUACAAUUCAAUGGGAUGAAAACAAAAACCGCCCAACAAACUCAAUGAAAUCCACCUCCCUUUCCUCUCUCUCCACAACACCAACACUCCGCCUAUAUAUACGCGUGUGGUGCGAAUAAGAUUCUCUCACAAGAGUGAGAGACUGAGCGUUUUAGAGACAGAAAUGGCGAGGUAAGCUCAGAGAGAGAGAGAGAGAGAGAGAGAGAGAGAGAGGGAGUGUCUGGGUAGUAGGGCUUGUUUGGGAAUCUUUCGGUUCUUCAGCUGUUGGAUCGGUGGGGAGAUCUCGGAUUUCGCAGGCGGCUUGAUCCGUGCAAGGUUUCCUGGGUUUCAAGCAGAUCUUAUCUUCCAUACGCUUUAAACCAACCAUAGGUGGAGUCCAAAUGGUUCAACUGCCUAUGGAUUCAUGGAAUGUCAUCCAAAAGCAUCCGUUUCGUUUAGAGACCAGGAAUCUUUAAAGAUGUCCUGGACCACAAGUUGUUUAAAAAUGGUGUUCAGAUAUUCUCUUGAGGAACCAACUGGGAAAAUGGAAGGAGCAGGUCCUGAAGCACCAGCCACAGCUGGUGUGCAGGGUUGUGGUGUAAAACAGCUUCCCAAAUCCUAUGAUCAAGAGUAUGGGUACUUACAGAAGGAUUUGUUGUUGACAAAUUCUCUAUUGGCUAGACAUAAUGACUCGAAAGAUGUUGAGAAAUGCUUGCUGGAAAAGAAGGUGCAUAUUCCUAAUUUUGAGUGCAUGAUACUGAAGAAAAUCAAGCCAACGAUCAUAGCAAGUUCUGGGGAGAAGUGUGAUGGUCAGGAAUCAGAUGAUAGCUUCCUACCAGGUCUCACUGAUGAUGCAGCAUUAGAUGUGUUGGCCUGGAGCAAUAGAUCAUACUACCCAAAUCUGGCCUGUUUGAACAAAAAAUUCAAGUCCUUGAUUGAGAGUGGAGAUUUAUACAAAUUGAGGCGAGGACUUGGUGUGGUUGAGCACUGGGUUUAUCUUGCCUGUAUACUGAUGCCAUGGGAAGCAUUUGAUCCUGUUAGAGAGAGAUGGAUGAGAUUGCCCAGGAUGCCUUGUGAUGAAUGUUUUACUUAUGCAGACAAGGAGUCUCUUGCUGUAGGGACUGAGCUACUUGUCUUUGGCCGCGAGUUAUCAGGAUUUGCAAUUUGGAUGUAUAGCUUGCUUACUCGGGAUUGGUCAAGAUGCCAUCUAAUGAACUGGCCCCGCUGUCUGUUUGGCUCAAGCAGCCUUGGGGAAGUUGCUAUUGUAGCUGGGGGGAGCGACAAGAAUGGUCAUAUUCUAAAAGCUGCUGAGCUUUACAAUUCUGAACUGGGCACCUGGCAAGCUUUGGCAGAUAUGAAUGUCCCUCGCAAACUGUGUUCGGGCUUCUUUAUGGAUGGGAAGUUUUAUGUGAUUGGGGGAAUGUCAAGCCAUACGAAUCGUUUAACUUGUGGUGAAGAGUAUGACAUGGAAAUGGGAACAUGGAGAAGAAUACAGAACAUGUAUCCAGUUUCUGGUGUGGGGAGAGAGCCAGCUAUGUGUUCCCCUCCUCUGGUAGCUGUUGUAAAUAAUCAGCUUUAUUCUGCUGAUCAAGCAACAAAUGAAGUCAAGAAAUAUGACAAGAUCAAUAACUCAUGGACAGUUGUGAAGAGGUUGCCAGUUAGGGCUGACUCAUCCAAUGGUUGGGGCCUAGCAUUUAAGGCAUGUGGAAACAGCUUGUUAGUGAUCGGAGGACAUAGAGGACCUGAAGGGGAAGUUAUUGUGCUCCACUCUUGGGAACCAAAGCAUGGAAACCAAGACUGGCGCAUCCUUUCUGUCAGGGAGCGAGCAGGUGCUUUUGUCUACAACUGCGCGGUGUUAACUCAUGUACCUAUGUCGCUUUUCACCUCGUGCAUAAGUUUAAUGUCAAUUAUUAAUAAAAACAACAAAGGAUAGCGUAGUUCUUUCUUUAAAUGCUGUACACGUACGUUGUAUUAUCUGAGAAAUAUAUAUGGUUGAUGUAAAGAGGAUUGAUUGAUGGAGUUAAUUUCUGGUCGCUCAAAGCAGCUGUUUCAAGUAAACGAGUCGUUUGCUUUGCACGUGGCUAGGUUUGCCAUUGUGGUAAAGCUACAUUAAUAAUUAAUUGACGACCGAAGUUGGAGCUUUAA